CAUUGCAAUCGUGUAGGUCGAAAGGAACCACUCCCAGUGUAAAGGCAAACGUUUUUCAUUAUUUUUCGCUUUUGGUAGAUUUUGGAUUUGCGAAGGCUCUCUCCUAAUACCCUCUAGUUGUUUCAACAGCUUUGUUUGGGUUGAAGGUGCAGUUAAUUGUGCGUGAAGUCCACAGAAUUUAUUUGGGUAGUUCGAGUAAAGAGCACAGAACGAUAAAGGGCGAGAAGUAUUACGUGCGUUUUAUUAGUACUAAAACGAAAUGAGUACUGAUAUAGAUAGAUUGCGGCAAGAGGCCGAAACUUUGCGGACCGAAAUAAGGGAUGCACGCAAAGUGGCUGCAGAUACAACAUUAAUGCAGGUUGCCUCUAAUGUUGAAGCGGUGGGUAGAAUUCAAAUGCGCACCAGAAGAACUCUUCGAGGUCAUUUAGCAAAGAUCUAUGCUUUACACUGGGCUACUGAUUCCAGGAAUCUUGUGAGUGCAUCUCAAGAUGGCAAACUGAUAGUAUGGGAUUCUUACACAACAAACAAGGUCCAUGCCAUUCCAUUAAGAUCUAGUUGGGUAAUGACAUGUGCAUAUGCUCCAUCAGGAAACUUUGUUGCAUGUGGUGGAUUGGACAAUAUUUGCUCAAUCUACAGUCUCAAGACCAGAGAGGGCAAUGUUAAAGUUAGUAGGGAGUUACCUGGUCAUACUGGUUACCUUCCAUGCUGUAGAUUUUUAGAUGAUUCGCAAAUAAUUACUUGCUCAGGAGAUAUGACAUGUUGCUUAUGGGAUAUUGAUACUGGUCAACAAACAACGACCUUUCAUGGUCACACAGGGGAUGUCAUGUUUUUGUCUCUUGCUCCUGAUGGAAGAUCAUUUGUAUCAGGUGCUUGUGAUGCAUCAGCUAAGAUCUGGGAUAUCCGUGAUGGCAUGUGCAAGCAAACCUUCACUGGUCAUGAAUCUGAUAUAAAUGCAGUUGCUUACUUUCCAAAUGGUAAUGCAUUUGCUACCGGAUCUGAUGAUGCAACAUGUCGGCUAUUUGAUAUCCGAGCUGACCAGGAAGUCAUUGUUUAUUCACAUGACAACAUAAUAUGUGGCAUUACAUCAGUUGCAUUUUCAAAGAGUGGUCGUCUAUUGCUGGCUGGUUACGAUGAUUUUAAUUGUAAUGUUUGGGACACAUUGAAGGGUGAACGUGCUGGUGUUCUAGCAGGUCAUGACAACAGAGUAAGUAAUCUUGGUAUCACUGAAGAUGGUAUGGCUGUCUGCACCGGUAGCUGGGACAGUUUCCUGAAGAUUUGGAAUUAAAUAUGUAACGCUGCAAUGAAAGUGAUGUGAAGUGGCUGCUGAGCCAGUAGUUAUGCAUUUAUUUUGUAAAAUGUACAUGAACAACACUGAUCAGACUUGUCUACAUUCAAUGACAAUACAAGGCUUAUGCAAGCAAGGCAGCACUGAAUAUCUGCUAUAUGUACCUCUAUUUAAGUUUAAGCAAAUCAUGCAUGAUUGCUAUUAAUUUAGAAUGAAGAUUUAGGUUAAAUUAGAAUUUUUUUGUGUAAAUUUUAUGAAUUGUACAAGUUGUUUAACAAUCAAGUCAGAUGUAUUAAGCUGAACAAUGUGCUGCAAUGUGAUCAUUACAAUAAUUUUUCUUUCAAAUGUGGGAAAGUAAUGAUGAAAGCAUAGCCUCUUGGCUUUUGUGAUGAGACUACAAUGAACUGCUAAAACAUGAGAGUAAUUAGACUAAAAUUGAUUGAUAGUUGUAUAAAUUAUUAGGUCCUUUCACAAGAAGUAAACAUUCUUAUCUUUAACAAAACAUAGCAUGAGUGUAGUCUGGAAAUUUUCUCCUGUAAUUUGAUUUUGAAGUAUUCAUGUAAAGUACAUCUUGUGGUGUGAAUUAUUGGUUGGUGGGUACCAGACACCUUGCUGGUCUUUCAUUGUAAUUAAAGAUAUGGUGGAUUUGGUGAUAUUUGUUUUCAUCAAACAUGAA